UUGGGGGGUGGGUAAGUUAUUUCAAAGCUUUAGACUAAUUGAGCAUUGAAUCAUGAGAUGUUGACGACACAGACGUGUGGGGUGGGUUGCUAACAACAAGUGUCACACCUUUGUGGUGUUGAACGCUUCAAACGUUGGAGAAGAGUGCCUUUGAUUUUUUUAAUCAAUGUGAACGACUUCUACGUGUGUGAUUACCUGGCAAACUCAAAGUAAGUUACGGUUGACUACAUCCAUAGUUUGUUUACAUGGAAUGAAAUGUGGAACGCAUAAAUGAUUUGUAGACAGCGCAACAACUGGCCGUGCCUACAUCUGGUUCAAGGGUGGCUACUGCGGAGUGACCCACAAAUCUGCUGAUUUUCUCUGUCCAUUAUUCUAGAUAAGUUAGUAUGUAGAGCGUUUUCUGCUAUAGUUUUCGGAAAAUCUACAUAUGCAUGUGCAUGUUGAAUGGAGCCUGGUUUAGUAUGUGAAGCUACUUUGAUCUAACGACUGAUGUCCUCUCAUCCAAAAUGUUCAUCUUCUCUAGUAUGGAUCGGUGAUCACAUAGUCAUGACAUACUAGUAAAAGUUCUUCAUGUGAAAAACUGGCUGUCCUUCCGUAGCUGUUGUGGUUUUACCAGAGACAGAGGUAUUAGAGGAGGUAUUAGAGGUAUCUAAGACAAACAAGAGUACACAGAUCACCGUGGCGAGAAACAGAGGCCAUUCAUUCCAAAUAUUACCAACAACGAAAGGCAAAGGGUUGCUUGCACUGUAUUCUGCAAAGUUUAUCAUGUCACAUCACUUCUGAUGGACCUGCUCUGGCAUACUUUACUAUCGGGUGGUUCACGACCUCGCCCCAGUCUGUCUGAACCUGUGUCACCAACAAGUCCAGCAGGUCAAGACCACCCAGUGCUUUUUGUAAAACACAUUGAACUCGCCUUCCUGUUGGGAAGUAAGUUGUUGUUUUUCAUAUCGACGAACGUUGGCUUGGUCUUAAGGGAGAACUGGCAGACAUGACUAGUCAGCAGCCGUCCUCUGCGCAACAGGUGCUCGUUUCAACACAAGCCCAGACAUUCUGGCUCCAGUGGGUGGAGGCCGCGUUCCCUGAUCUCGACUCACGCGCCUACUUCCUGCCUCCUGUCUACUUCAACCGCGUGCCCAUGACUAGACAGUCAGUUGUUGGUCAGGAUGUUCUGGUCCUUCAGUCAUUACAGUCUACUCAGCAGACUCCAUCGGGACAACCUGGUCAAACCAAACAGUCUACAACAUCUACACAUACCAGUCAGUCCACUGGACAAUCAAAGUCAAGAAAAGCUGGUAAGACCAAAAGGUCAACACCGUCUACACAACCCCGUCAGUCCAAUCAACCAGCGAUGACUACAACCACUGCGGCCUGGGGUUCCAUUCCUCAGCCUCGCUGUGUUGUGUACAGCGACGUCAGAGACGACGUUGCGAUGCAGCGAGUUCUCGUCUGUCUCCAGCAAAUGUCUGAACGAACUGGAGAAGUCAUGUUUGGUCUCAGUCAGCUUCAGUUUGGACAGUACCUGGGGGAACCUUGCUACGCUGCUGAGGCUGCCCAGCUGCCCCUACCAGCCAACCUUCCUUCUGCUCUGCCACGAAACUGGAAACAUGGAGACUUUGAUGUGCUUUUUAUUCACCGACAUUACGGUUUUGUCAUCUGUGAAGUUAAGGCUGUGGGAGACAACCUCAGUAAACUUAACUUGUCACAACAGGAAGAAGAAAACAUUAUCAGAGCAAAACUACAACAGGCUGUGUCACAGCUGGACAAGGCGGAGGCCAUGUUGUCUCACCUGGUGUCCGACAUCGCUCCCGGUCUGCGCAUCACUAAGACCAUCGCGGUCCCUAACCUUACGGGUCAUCAAGUUCAACAGGCCAUCUCCGGCGACAUACAACUAACUCAGGACCUGUGUCGGUGUCUGGGAACAACAGACCCCGCUGACAUCGCUGCUCUGUGUCUGUGCUGUGAUCAGUUGUCUGACCCCAAGACCCCGUGGGACGUCAGCAGUCACGUGCUGAGGGAACUCGGACACUGGUGGCAGGGACGUGUGGCUGGGGCUGGACCUGACAGUCGCAUGACACCUGGGGUGUACAAGACUUUGGUAGCCAGAUUUUGUGGUCCGGCGACAUCAGUGAUUGUUCCUUGCAUUUCUCCUCCACGUGUGAGUGUCAAGACCCUGGGUCAGGCCGUGUGGUGGACAGGAGAGUGCUAUACUGCUGUAAUCACACUCUUCCCGGAGCAAGUUCACCUGCUACACACGGCGCCUCCCACACUCUUUGUGGCGGGGCCUCCUGGCACAGGUAAAACCGUGGUGCUGCUGCUGAUGGCCAUAGAGUGGCUGCGGUCUAACAACGAAGUCUGUAUUCUGAGUACUUGGCAGAGGAGUGCCGCAUCGUGCACCAUGCUGUAUCACCUUCUACAGCAGAUAUUAAAAACACAGCUGUCAGCAAUAGCUUCACCUACUAAACUUCAUUUCCUGCAGUAUAAUUUUGGUAAUAAAAGCAGCUUUGAGAAGGCUGUGAGUGAUGUGCUACAGAUGGCAAGUGGAGGUUCGCUUCAUAUUGUUGCGGAUGAAGCAGCACCUGCAGACAAACAGUACUUCAGAGAUUUCUGUAAGGAGCUGGAAACACGAGUUCCUCAUCUCUAUAUGUGGGCAGCGAGUUAUUUUACCGACCACGCACCCGCGGGCUGGCAGGUGGGAGAGUUCAGAAGACCCCUCCGUUCCCCACCUGCUGUGGUAAGAGAGGUCACGAAAGGUCAGGAGAUAAGUCAAGCACGAAACGUGAAGCCAUACGUCUCACGCCGCGUUCCUGACCCUACAGACGGCCCGCAGGUGAGACUAGUGAGUCACGAAAGUCCAAGUCACUCCCCGAGGACGUCAUCUGACUGUGAAGAGUGUGGCCGGGAGGUCGCGAGUAUUCUACAGGAGCUUGGCGUUGGCGCUCCGGUGACUGCCACGUCAUCAGCACCAACCACGAUAUCCUUCUCCUCCAGUGGGAGCGUGGCGCCCCCCUGUCUACAGUGGAGAGACGUAUUGGUUUUGUUUUGGCGCAAUCUUAGCGAAAACUCGGGUGUGGUGACGGGGCUAAGAAAGGCGGGUAUCCCAGUGAAGGUGAUGAAGGAUGAUGACAUCGAGGAUGUGGCCACGGCCCGCAGUGAUGUGGUGUGGGCGGCGCUUGGAGACUGUGUUCAGGGUCUGGAGAGAAAAGUCGUCGUCUGUCUGGAGACCAAAACUUCUCCCACUGCCCGACUACACAACAUGUCACGAUGUACAGCACAGCUCGUCAACGUCGCGUGACUUUGUAAUGAGUCAUCAGUGAAGACUUCUAAUGACCGUCAUUAGUGAUGAUCUCUAAUGACUAUCAUUAAAGUAAUAUUUUUACUAUUUCUAACAGCAAAACGUUUUCACAAACUGCUUUCUUUUUAUGCAGUGUUUUAUAGUACAUAAUAGCAGUAUUCCAACAGUAUUAGCAGUAGUUGUGCUUGAAACAUGGAUACACGUUUCUCUUCAAAUAGUUUGCAACUUUUGUUUGAUAGUUUUCAAGACAUUCUGUUUAAAAUCUUUUAUAAACCUGCAAGUGGAACGAAUAUCAUUUUGAUCAUCCUCUUAAUCUUUCAGUGUCGAUAGAAAACCAGUGAGACAUACUAGUGUUUUUUUUUUCUGAAACAGUACUAAGAUUAAAAAAAAAAAAAAGAAAGAAAAGAACCAGGACUGCUCUCUUCACAUUUUGUAGUUUUGUCUGAGAGUUUCAAAAUUUCGUUUGCAGCUCUAGAAAUCAAUUGUUUUCUAAUUUUUUUUUUCUUCCAGUGAGGGUUUUGGCUGGGAACAUUAUCUGAUUUUUUAGACACGAACAUCUUAAAUGAUGUCAAGUGCAUACAAUGCAGCUCAUAAAUUCAACUGAUUGUUAAAUAUAGUUUCAUACAUGGUAUUUACAGAUGCUCUACCCUGAUGUUUUGCUUUUUGUCAGGGUAUGAGAUAGAAAGAAAGCGAAAGAGGGCGUGUGAGCUAAAUAAUUUGUAUUUACCCUUUUUACCUCGCUAUUUCUAUUUCCUAUUUUGCCCAUAUUCUUUCCGUAACAGUUGCUGCUAUAAAUAGUAAUGCGUGAAAUACUUUAAUGUAUAGUUCCUACUAUAAAUAGUAAUUAACAAUAAAUAUGAAUGUAUGCAAUAUUUUGACAAUGUCUAAUAUGUCUGCAUCCGUGAAAUUCAAAUGCCGCCAUGGCCUAAAUUACAAUGGUAGAAGAAGGGGAUUUAAUUGUUAUCAUAUACUUAUUUGAGCCAGUGCUGAUAUAAACACACGCACUUAUACGCCUAUAACAUGAUUUCACAAAGGAUUUCAGACAAAUUCAGCCAAGUAAUAAAAGAGAAACAUAAAUCUGCAGAGAAAGACGAGCAUGCGGACUAGUCAAUUGACUAGAAGGCAAAAAUAUAGCAUUUAGCAGCGGAAAAAAUCCUAAUGAAGAUUCUUCCUCUACUUCAUGAUAAUCGAGUCACGGGUAGAGAAAGCAGCGUUUUGUUGAUUGGUUUUUGUACGUGUUUAUUAUCGGAAUAUACAGAUACAU